CUUGCAGCGACCAUUCCUGCAACGUGACUGCCCGUGUGUGAAACCGACAUCACGUAUUGGAGCUGGGAGCUGAGCUCUGGUCUCUUCAAGAGGUGCAAUUCCUUUUGUUUGAGAUACAUCAUUUAUGAGUAGAAAAUGUCCGGUUACAAGCCUGUAGCCAUCCCCACCUACCCCAAGCUUGGUGAGAAGAUAACACAGGAUACUUUGUACUGGAAGCGUUACAAGACACCGGUUCAAAUAAAAGAAUUUGGGGCAGUAACAAAAAUCCACUUUUCACCUGUUCAGCCUUGCACAUAUGCUGUAACGUCAUCCACGCGGAUUCACCUCUAUGGACAGUACUCUCAGGAACCUAUAAAAACCUUCUCUCGCUUCAAAGACACUGCCUACUGUGGGACCUUUCGGGGAGAUGGGAAGCUUCUUGCUGCUGGCUGUGAAGAUAGUGUUGUUCAGCUCUUUGAUAUCAGUGGGAAAGCUGCACUUAGACAGUUUUCUGGCCAUAGCAAAGCAGUGCACUUUGUAGACUUUACCGCCGAUAAGUAUCGCAUUGUGUCUGGUUCUGAUGAUUACACAAGUAGACUCUGGGAUAUUCCGAAUGGCGUAGAAAUCACGAGCUACAAUGAGCAUACGGACUAUAUUCGAUGUGGCUGCACAAGUGCGCUGAAUAAUGAUUUGUUUGCUACAGGUUCAUAUGAUCAUACCAUUAAAAUAUUUGAUGGCCGAACAGACAAGAGUGUAAUGAGUAUGGAUCAUGGACAGCCUGUGGAGAGUGUGCUUCUCUUCCCUUCUGGGGGCCUCCUUGUUUCUGCAGGAGGCCGUUAUGUUAAGGUGUGGGACAUACUUAAGGGAGGGCAGUUGCUGGUGUCAUUAAGAAAUCACCACAAAACAGUAACAAGCCUGUGUCUUAGCAGUUCUGGUCAAAGGCUGCUAUCUGCUUCAUUAGACAGGCAUGUAAAGGUCUACAGCACAAUGAACUACAAAGUAGUUCACAGCUUUGAUUAUGCUGCCUCGAUACUGAGCCUGGCUUUGGCACCAGAUGACCAAAUGAUUGUAGUGGGGAUGACCAAUGGCGUGUUGAACAUUAAGCAUCGGAAACCUGAAGAGAGAAAACAGUUGCAGUCCACGACAAAGAGGCACCCGCGGUACAGAGUGUUUGUGAGAGGCAAAGACUACAUGCCCAAGCAGGAUGACAUCUUUAUCAGUAAGCCAGUAAUAGCGCACUUGAAAAAGUACGACAAGUUGCUGAAAGGUUUUCACAUGACGGAAGCACUUGACACUGUGUUACAGCCUCAGAUUCGAAAUCAAAGACCUGAAGUCACAGUCGCAGUGAUGAAUGAACUUAAAAGAAGGGGAACUCUUAAAAAUGCUCUCGCUGGAAGAAACGAAAAGCAGUUGAGCGACCUGCUCAUUUUCCUUCUCAAACAUCUGGUAAAUCCUCAGUUUGUACCAAUUCUAUUAAAUGUGGCAGAGCACAUUAUAGAUAUCUAUUCUCCUGUUGUGGGUCAGUCUUCUGUAAUCUACAAACAAUUCAUAAGGCUUCAAGAGGUGCUAGAAAAAGAAAUUAACUACCAGGAGGAACUCUUAAAAAUGUUGGGCAUGAUGGACACACUGUUUGCUACGAUGACAUCGAAAAAAGAGAGCCCAUGGGAUGAACCCAAACCAAUACUGCCUCUCAGUUCCCAGUAAUGGAGUGGAAGCGUGAACAUUUUUAUCUGGUGGAUAGCCAAUUCAGUUUGGCUUACCCUUUGUACUAUAUUUUAAUACAAGCAUCACCAGAAACUGCAUCUAUUUAUACAAAAUGUAUAAUGAAAGCCACAUCUUCUCUCUUUUAAAGAGAGCUCCAGUUUAUUAUGUGGAUGUCUUUUAAACAUGUUGAAAACUUGCAGUUUGUUGGACAAACUCCCAGUUUUUACAUCAAGGAUUCUUCCUGAGAUCACCAGUACCCUGGCAAGUAAUGGCAGCGAGUAGCUCCAAGGAGUUCAGUUUUACCCAGUUUGACAGCGCCACUUCCUGCUGUGUAAAUGUACAAUCACAUUUGUAAGUGGGCAGUAUAUAAACUGCACCCACGCCCUCCAUGUCUGUUGUUUGAAUGUGGUUUGUUUAGGGUCACGCUGCACUGGAGGGCAUGCAGAGCAGAAAUGGGUUGAAACAUUCCAUUUUACCUGCAGUCGUUGUUGAAACUUAAAAAAUAAAGAAUAUUUUCAAAGAA